AUGAAUAGAGAAAUUUUGGGAGAACACAAUGGCAUUAUAAAUUUUACUGUUGGACAAAGAAAAGGUCUUGGUAUUGCCCAUGGUGAACCUCUUUAUGUAGUAAAAAUCAAUGCAAAAGAUAAUGAAGUAGUGGUUGGUCCCAUAAAUAUGUUAAUGCAAAAAAAAAUAUUUAUAAAAGAGCUAAAUUGGCUGGAACAACCACAAGAAGGCCAAGAAGUAACUGUAAAACUAAGAUCAUCACAUACAGGAAGUCUAGCAACUAUAUAUUCCACUGAGGAAAAAAAUAAAGCCUGUGUUAUUUUAAGUAAUGACUAUUUUGGAAUUAGUCCAGGCCAAGCUUGUGUAGCAUAUAAAGGUGAGCAGGUCAUUGGCGGUGGAUGGAUAUUAGAUAAUUAAUAGACCCAUUGCAAACCCCAUUAGCAUAAUUGCCAUCAGCUUCGAAAGAGGUCUAAUCGUUUCCACCUUGAUUCUAGAAGAUAAUAUCAAUACAACUUAAAGUAGAAAAUUUGACUUUUUAAUAAAAAUAUUAUAUAUUUAACUAUAUAUAUUAAUUUAGAAAGAAAUUAUGCUUGCUAUAGAUAACUGUGAAAAAACUGAUUUACAUUUUGCUGCUGAAGAGGCUCGGAUAGAGGAUGUGGAGUAUUUAGUAAAAAAUGGUGCAGAUCUUCAUGCUAAAGAUGAAAAUGGAAGAACUCCUUUACAUUAUGCUGUUAAAGAGAGUCAUACAGAAAUAAUACUAUUUUUAAUAGAAAAAGGUGUAGAUGUUCAUGCUAAAGAUAAAAAUGGAUACACUCCUUUACAUUGGGCUGCUAGAAAGGGUUAUGCAGAGGUAGUAGAGACUCUAAUAGCAAAAGGGGCAAAUGUUAAUGCUGCAGAUAACAAUGGAGAAACUGCUUUAUAUUUGGCUACUGAAGGUGGUUUUAUAAAUAUAGCAAAGAUUUUAAUAGAAAAAGGUGCAAAUGUUAAUACUGCAAAUCACAAAGGAGAAACUGUUUUAUGUGUGGCUGCUGAAUGUGGUUUUGUAAAAAUAGUAAAGGCUCUGUUAAAAAAAGAAGAUAUAAAUGUUAAUGUUCAAGAUGAAAAUGGAAGAACUGCUCUAUAUUGGGCUGCUGUAUAUGGUCGUGGAGAGGUAGUAAAUCGCCUAUUAAAUACCGAAGGUAUAGAGGUUAAUACUGCAGAUAACAAUGGAGAAACUGCUUUAUAUUGGGCUGCUGCAGGCGGUCAUCUAAAGAUAGUAAAGGCUCUGUUAAAAAAAGAAGGUAUAAAUGUUAAUGCUGCAGGUGGUAAUAGAGAAACAGCUCUACAUAGGGCUGCUGCAGGCGGUCAUCUAGAGAUAGUAAAGGCUCUAUUAGCAGCAGGUGCAGAUAUUAAUUUGGUAAAUGAGAAUGGAAUGAAUCCUUUAUCCAAGGCUAUUGCACAUAAAAAAACAGAUGUGUAUGAACACAUGAUCGAACACAUAACAGAACUGAAAAAUUCUGGCUUACAAUUAAGUUCAUAUAAUCUAGGAUUUGUAGAAAAGAUGGCAUUCUUACAUAAUCAUAAACCAUUAAUUGAUGUUUUAUCACAAUAUUAUGGGAGUGAUUUUCAAACAAUGACACUUGAGGAAAUAGAGAAUUUCUUUAAGAAAGACACAAACGAUAUUGUACUAAAAAUUGGAAGAGAGGAAAAGUACCCGAUUGAUUUGGUAGAUUUUGGAGAUGUAAAUGAAAGGCAUGAGCCUAAACUAAAACUGCAUGCAUUAGGAAAGAUCAUAAAUCAGAUAUUAAAACCUAAUUCUCAAGUAGAUACAGUAGGAGAAGGCAUAAUUCAGAUACGGGUAGGGGAAAGAGUAGCCAACUUUUAG